GACUGGAUGAAGCCGGUGAUUCGUCAGUACAUACUUUAGAAAGUGAUAGUGUUUUACACGGAACUUACACAGGGAAACCUACAGAACGAGGAAAUGCCAAUCUCAAGACGGCUUGACCGGAAAGAGGAUGCCUUUAGUGUUUCCAGAGGGAAUCGCAAUUUCUCAACUUCAAGCAUGACGUCAAAAAGCAGCAUAGGAUCAAUAGGUCAUAUGAGACUGGGUUCAUCAGAAUAUGAAAGAAAAGAAUUUGUAGGUCAAGAAAGACAUGAUAGUAUCGACGAUCUCAGUGGGUGUGUGAACCGCCGGAUGAAAUUGGCAUACAGCACAAGCAGUGCUAGUAGUGACACACUGUAUGAAGAUGUCAACAACGACACCUACCGGAUUGUGUCAGAUGAUAGGGAUGAUAACUGUAUGCGAGAUCAGGAAGAGAGUGACGAUAAUGUAUUUUGUGAAUCAGAUCACAAGAGUAAAGACACAGGAUUUAUUUGUCUUCAGAGUGUACCGUACCCACUCAUGUCCCCCAGGGGGCUGAGUGUCAGUACAUCGGAUGUCGGGACCCAGGAAUGUGCCCUGGACCUCCGCCGCAAACAUUCAAACCGAUGUAGCGACACAGACAGUGAUGGCAUCCCCAUCCGAAAAAUACAUAGACGUGUUUUUACCAACAGCCGAGAGCGAUGGAGACAGCAAAACGUCAAUGGAGCAUUCGCAGAGCUCCGUAAACUGGUCCCAACUCACCCACCAGACAAAAAGCUCAGCAAACAUGAAAUUCUGAGAUUGACAAUUCGAUAUAUCAAUCUUCUUAACAACGUAGUAAACUAUCAAAAUGGCGAAAUGAUUGGAAAAGUAAAAACGGAAGUAGAUUGUGAAACAAAUCAUGAGAGCAUCAAAGAGGACAACGGACACCAAACUCUUGACUGGGACGAUGACAAAAGUUCGUUUGGAUCAUAUUAUCAUGGCGAUGACAGUGACGAUUCCUCGUGAAACAAGAAACUCGUGACAAGUCCGUUCUGAAAAAUACCGGUUAUUUUUUUUUUUCAUUGCCUUCGUCAGAAUUCGGAUAUUUCAGUUUGAACAGUGGUGGAAGACUUCUUGCUUGACCAAUGUAAUGGAAUAUGUGGCGAAAAACAUAAACAUAAAUUAUUUAUCUGUGUUGUACAGUGGCGUGGCAAUGAUCGAAUACUACUUACUUACGUAUAUAUUGUUGAAAUAAAUAAAAUAAAUAAAUAAACAUAUGUUCCACACGUU